UAUAGAGGCGUCCCGGGGGCGCAGGGCUAGAGCUCCGCCGCCGCCGCCGCAGCUCCCAGCGCCCGCGACACUGCCGCCGCGUCCAGCAGCAGCGCCAUCACCAUGCGGGAGAUCGUGCACCUGCAAGCCGGCCAAUGCGGCAACCAGAUCGGGGCCAAGUUUUGGGAGGUGAUCAGUGACGAACAUGGCAUCGACCCCACCGGCACAUACCAUGGGGACAGUGACCUGCAAUUGGAGAGAAUCAAUGUCUACUACAAUGAGGCCACAGGAGGAAAUUAUGUUCCCAGAGCUGUGCUGGUGGACCUGGAGCCUGGCACCAUGGAUUCCGUCCGCUCCGGCCCGUUUGGCCAGAUCUUUCGGCCAGACAACUUUGUGUUUGGCCAAUCCGGAGCCGGCAACAACUGGGCCAAGGGCCACUACACCGAGGGCGCGGAGCUGGUGGACGCGGUCCUGGACGUGGUGCGCAAGGAGGCGGAGAGCUGCGACUGCCUGCAGGGCUUCCAGCUGACGCACUCGCUGGGCGGCGGCACCGGCUCGGGCAUGGGCACGCUGCUCAUCAGCAAGAUCCGCGAGGAGUUCCCGGACCGCAUCAUGAACACCUUCAGCGUGGUGCCCUCGCCCAAGGUGUCGGACACGGUGGUGGAGCCCUACAACGCCACGCUGUCGGUGCACCAGCUGGUGGAGAACACCGACGAGACCUACUGCAUUGACAACGAGGCGCUCUACGACAUCUGCUUCCGCACCCUCAAGCUGACCACGCCCACCUACGGGGACCUCAACCACCUGGUUUCGGCCACCAUGAGCGGGGUCACCACCUGCCUGCGCUUCCCGGGCCAGCUCAACGCCGACCUGCGCAAGCUGGCCGUGAACAUGGUGCCCUUCCCGCGCCUGCACUUCUUCAUGCCCGGCUUCGCGCCGCUGACCAGCCGGGGCAGCCAGCAGUACCGCGCGCUGACCGUGCCUGAGCUCACCCAGCAGAUGUUCGACGCCAAGAACAUGAUGGCCGCCUGCGACCCGCGCCAUGGCCGCUACCUCACCGUGGCCGCCGUGUUCCGGGGCCGCAUGUCCAUGAAGGAGGUGGACGAGCAGAUGCUGAGCGUCCAGAGCAAGAACAGCAGCUACUUCGUGGAGUGGAUCCCCAACAACGUGAAGACGGCCGUGUGCGACAUCCCGCCACGCGGCCUGAAGAUGGCCGCCACCUUCAUCGGCAACAGCACGGCCAUCCAGGAGCUGUUCAAGCGCAUCUCGGAGCAGUUCACCGCCAUGUUCCGGCGCAAGGCCUUCCUGCACUGGUACACGGGCGAGGGCAUGGACGAGAUGGAGUUCACCGAGGCCGAGAGCAACAUGAACGACCUGGUGUCCGAGUACCAGCAGUACCAGGACGCCACGGCCGAGGAGGGCGAGUUCGAGGAGGAGGCGGAGGAGGAAGUGGCCUAGGACCCCCGCACUCUCUUCUCGUCUGCCCACACCCCCAACGAGGCCUCUGACCGUUCACCUUUGCCCCCUGCAACCCCAAGGACCCCGUGAGCUCCCUACCCAGCCUGAUCCUAGGACCCCACCAGCAUCUCUUUGCCCUGACCCUAACAAUACCUUUGGAGUCCACGUCACUUCUGGCCACUUCAUCUCUGACCCUAGCCCAGCUUUGACCCUUGAACCCCACCUUAUCUCCAAAUCCCCUGGGAGAUCUUCCAGCUUGACACACCUGUAAGCCCUGCUUCACCUUCUCCAGCCCUUGGGACCCUCCUUGACCUUGACUCCCUCACCCUUGACACAGGCAGCCCCCAUGGCACCUGAAGAACCUAUAAGCCCUGGUUUACUUUUGACCCCUCCUUCAGAGCCUCCCCUCACCUCUGAUCUUGCCUCACCUUUGACCUCAGGGCCCCUGCACCCCUCUCACCCUGCCUCCUCUCUGGUUCCCCUAAGCUCCCAUUUCCUCCCUGACUUCUCUCCCUGGGCGCCUCCUUACCUCGGCUUCCCGGGAGCACUGUCAGGGAGCACCCCCAUCACCCCUCCCCCGCCUGACUCUGGAUGAAUAAAUAAAUCCUCACCUGG